CGCGCUUCUUCAACCGCGGGAACGAGCGCCUGUACGAAGCGUACUCGCAGCUGCACUCCAUGGCGCAGGAGUUUGACAAGCCGUUCGACUCGCCGGCGAUCCUCGUCGUCGGGCACCAGACGGACGGCAAGUCCGCGCUCGUGGAGGCGCUCAUGGGGUUCCAAUUCAACCACGUUGGCGGCGGCACGAAGACGCGGCGACCGAUUGCGAUCAACAUGAAGUACAACGCGUCGUGCGUCGAGCCGCGGUGCUUCUUGCUUCGCGACGAGAGCUACGGCCGCGAGGAGGAGAUGUCGCUGCCGGAUCUUCAGCGGUACAUCGAGAGCGAGAACCAGCGGCUGGAGAACGACAACGGGUUCUGGGCGAAAGACAUCGUGGUGAAGAUCGAGUACAAGUACUGCCCGAACUUGACGAUCAUCGACACCCCCGGUCUGAUCGCCGCCGCGCCCGGGCGGAAGCACAGCAACUCUCAGCAGGCGAGCCGAUCCGUGGAGAAUCUCGUGCGCGCCAAGAUGGAGCAGAAAGAUUACAUCAUCCUCUGCCUGGAAGAUAACAGCGACUGGAACAACGCGACGACGCGACGCGUCGUCCUCGACUGCGACCCGGAGCUUCGCCGCACCGUCGUCGUGUCCACGAAGUUUGACACGCGGAUCCCGCAGUUUUCUCGCGCGAGCGACGUCGAACUCUUCAUGAAGCCCCCCGGGAGGCUGCUCGAGCCUACGCUCCUCGGCGGCGGGCCGUUCUUCACGUCCGUCCCGAGCGGCCGCGUCGGCGGCGGGCGCGAUUGCUUGUUCCGCUCGAACGAGCACUACCGCGAGGCUGUCGUUCGCCAAGAGCAAGCGGACACGAACGAGCUCGAGCGGCGGUGCGACAGGCGGCUCACCGGAAACGAGCGAUCGCACGUCGGGGUGUCGCAGCUGCGUCACUUCCUCGAGCGUCUGCUGCAGCAGAGAUACCUCGAGAACGUCCCGACGAUCGUCCCGGUACUCGAGCGCGAGCACCGCGCGGCGUCGCUCAAGCUCCGCGACACCGGCGCGGAGCUCGAUAACCUGGACACGGACAAGCUGAAGGAGAAGGGGCGCGCGUUUUAUCAGCACUUUCUCGAGAAGAUUCCAGAGCUGCUCCGAGGUACGAUGGCGGCGCCGCCGCGCGUGUUCGGCGAGACGCUCGCGCACGAGCACAUCCGCGGCGGCGCGUUCGUCGGCCCGGACGGCCGCCCCGUGGACCCGAUGCGGUCCGGCAUCGAGGUCCCGAACGGCGACAUGCGGCUCUUUGGCGGGGCGCAGUAUCACCGCGCGCUCGAAGAGUUUCGCGCCAUCGUCAGCGCGGUGAAUUGCCCGACGGUUUCCCGCGAAGACAUCAUCAACAGCUGCGGCGUGGACGAGGUGCACGACGGCGUCAACUACACGCGGACCGCGUGCGUGAUCGCCGUCGCGCGCGCGCGCGAGACGUUCGAGCCGUACGUCCACCAGCUCGGGUUCAGGCUCGCGCACAUCGCGCGUCGACUGCUUCCAGUCGCGAUGUACCUGCUGCAAAAAGAAGGCCGCAUCUUGACCGGCCACGAGGCGUUCUUGAAGCGGAUCGGGAGCUGCUUCGCGAAGUUCGUUGACCAGAAGGUGAAAGCGUGCCAAGAGAAGUGCCGCGAGGACUUGCUCUCGACGACGCAGUUCGUGACGUGGUCGCUGCACAGCGGGAACCGGUCGGGCGUCGCGAGCGUGUUGGGCCCCCGCGGCGGCGGCGCCCGGGGCGGCGGCGGCGGCGGCGGCGGCGCGUACGACCGCGCGGAUCCGUACGCGGACGAGAACGAGGCGCCGGAUCCGUACGCGGACGCGGACGAGCGCAAGGAGCGAGGGAGGGAUCGCUCGGACCGACGCGAGCGCGAGCGCGAGGAGAAGCGCGAGCGCGGGGACGACCGACGCGACCGCGACCGCCGCGACGAGAAGAAAUCCUCGUCCCGCGCCGUCGCGGCGGUGCCCGGCAGCGACAACGUCGGGUCGAAAGACCUGAUGCACGUGAUGGACAACACGCUGUGGAACCGCAACAUGCAGAACGUCACACUGGACGUCGUGGACAUGCUCGUGAGGCAAAUCUACGCCGGCAUUCGCGGGUACGUCGUCCAGUCUGUGGAGCUCAAGUUUAACUGUUUUUUCCUCAUGCCGCUCAUGAACGAGUUCGCCGGGUUUUUGAGGCAAGAGAUGGAGAUCGCGUUCGACGAGAACCUCGACAGCGUGUUCGACGUCAGAGCCGUGCGCAUGGCGCUCGAGGACCGGCAGAGGAAGCUCGAGUGCGAGCUCGAGCAGAUGGAGCACAUCCAGGAUAAGUUUGCGACGAUUCACACGCAGCUCGAGGCGCAGGCGAACUCGUCGCCGGCGACGACGGCGGCGGCGGCGGCGGCGGUGGAGGGCACAUCGUUCUCUACGAUGGCGGAGCGGGAGAUCGAGGCGUCGAAGGUUGCGAUGCGGGCGUCGCAAGACAUGGCGCAGGAGUUGAAGCGCGCGAACCACGAGUUUUCGCAUCACGAGAAGACGUACGGCGCGUCCCCGGCCAAGUCGCAGACGCGUCGGCCGCUCGGAAGCAUCAACCACUGAGCCGAGCUCGAACGAUCUAUUACCUGUACACGUACCCCCUUCACGACACUUAUCUUAAUUUAACUUAUGCAAAACGGCGGGAGGAAGCGCGGAGCCCGAGGAGCGGUGAAGUAUCCCGCGGAGUACCAACAAAGAGCAGCGAGAGAGAAGCGGCGGGCGUUUGAACGACGAUAGAAACACACCUUGUACAUACGACAAACGCCGCGCUCGCGGUAUUUCUUUCC